UCAUGUGCGCCGGAUGUUCUUCCACAACGUGUUGAGGGAAAAUUCACGUGUGGGUAUUUUAAUCUUACAGCGUACAAGCAGAAGUUUGAUCAAGAGGAACAGAUUCACCGAGUGUCUGUGUAGCUUGGAGUCAUGGGUCGUAAGUUGGAUCCCACCAACACGGUGAAGAGAGGGCCAGGAAGAAAAUCCAGGAAGCAGAAAGGAGCAGAGACUGAGUUGGCCAAGUUUAUACCUGAUGAGGAAACAGCACUACCAAAACGCUUGUCAAGUAGAGGCAGGAAAAGAGCUGCAAAAAGAGUCCUGAAAAAAAAGCCUAAAGAUGUCGCUGAGGAACAGCCCAAGAAAGGAUUCACUGAUGAGAACAGUAAAUGGUUGAAACCAACAACGAGGAAGAGAAAAAUAGAUGAACCUGAAGGCGAUGAUGACAGUGAUGAGCACUGGGAGGAAGAAGACGACGACGAGGAGGAGGAGGAGGAGGAGCAGCAGGAACAAACGAAGAAGGGAGGAAAGGACCAAGGAAAGAAGGGCGCCAAAUUAGGAAUUAAAGAAGUGAAGGAGGAUGAUAAGGAGGAGGAGGAGGAGGAGGAUGACGAUGAAGAUGAAAUGGUUGACGACUAUGGUGCGCUUGAUGACAGCAGUGGUGAGGAAGCAGUGGAAGAAGACAGUGAUGGAGAGGAACUUCUUCCAAUUGAGCGUGCAGCCAAGAAAGCGAAAAAGCUGAAAGAAACCAUGGGUCUAGAGAGUGAUGAUGAUGAUGAUGAUGAUGAUGAUGAUGAUGAGGAGGAAGAUGGUGGUAAAGAGAAAAAGAAAUCAGAUGCUGACACGGACGAGGAAGACACAGUACAAGCCAACAUGGAUGAAAUGGAUACAUUUAGACUACCUGGUGCCGAGGAAAGUGAGAAGGAAGGCAUCCUUCCCCUGGACCUGAAGACAAUCUAUCAAAGAAUUAAGGACAACAUCGAUGUCCUUUGUAAUUUCUCUUCAAAAAGGGAAGAGGGCAAAGACAGAUCAGAGUACAUCGCUCUUCUGAAGAAGGAUCUCUGUACUUAUUACAGCUACAACCACUUCCUCCUUGAGAAAUUAAUGGACCUCUUCCCUCUCUCAGAGCUGGUUGAUUUCCUUGAGGCCAAUGAAAUUCAGAGACCCGUCACUAUUCGGACCAACACACUGAAAACAAGGAGGAGGGAUCUCGCUCAGGCCUUGAUCAACAGAGGAGUGAACCUUGAUCCACUGGGAAAAUGGUCUAAAGUUGGUUUGGUCAUCUAUGACUCCUCAGUGCCUGUUGGUGCAACCCCAGAGUAUCUGUCUGGUCAGUACAUGCUGCAAGGAGCCUCCAGUUUUCUGCCCGUCAUGGCGCUCUCUCCACAGGAGGGAGAGUUAGUGUUGGACAUGAGCGCAGCUCCAGGAGGCAAGACCACCUAUAUUGCUCAGCUGAUGAGAAACACUGGGAUGAUCGUGGCUAACGACGCCAACGCUGACAGAUUGAAGAGUGUUGUGGGCAACGUCCACCGUCUGGGGGUCACCAACACUGUCAUCUGCAACUAUGAUGGAAGGCAGUUCCCAAAGGUGAUGAGUGGGUUUGACAGAGUGCUGCUUGAUGCUCCGUGCUCAGGCACAGGAGUCAUCGCUAAAGAUCCAGCUGUGAAGACCAGCAAGGACGAGUCCGACAUCCAGCGAGCUGCUCACCUGCAGAAAGAACUGAUUCUGUCUGCCAUUGACUCUAUCAAUGCCGAGUCCACUUCAGGAGGAUAUCUGGUCUACUGCACAUGUUCAAUAAUGGUGGAGGAGAAUGAAUGGGUGGUGGACUACGCUUUAAAGAAAAGAAAUGUCAAAUUAGUUCCCAUUGGACUUGACUUUGGCAAGGAAGGCUUCACCAGGUUCAAAGAACAUAGAUUCCAUCCUUCUAUGCGACUGUCUCGCCGAUUUUACCCUCAUUCCCACAAUAUGGAUGGGUUCUUUGUGGCCAAGCUGAAGAAAUUCUCCAAUGUAGUUCCAACUGCGAUGGCAGGAAAAGAAGAAGAGAAUGCAGAUGCUCCUGAGGCAACAGCUGUGACAAGUUCUCCGAAAGGGAAACCAUCCAAAAGUGGCAAGACAAAGAAGAUUGUCCCCGGCAAGGCAGGUCACUUAAAGGGAAAACCCCAAGCCAAUGGAACAGCAGCCAAGAAACCCACAAACAUCAAGCCAAAAGGCAAGAAGGACUCACCUGCUGGACCAAAAACAGCAAACAUCAAGUCAAAGGGAAAGAAGGACUUACCUGCUGGACCAAAAAAGGCAAAGAUUGCCAAGAUGGAUGGAGAGACUGUGCAAGGGGCAGAGGAGGCCAAGAAGCCUGCGGUGAAGACAGCUGAUGACAUGGAAGCAUCAAAGGCUGACAAAAAGGAGGGUAGCAGAUUUGAGAAAAAGGGCAAAAACAGAAAAUCACCCAUGAAGGCAACGGACAGAAUGGGAAAGAAUAAAUUCAGAAAGUUGACGCACAUGUUGGGGAAAAAAGGCGGAGAAUGACGGCGUGUGCAGCGUGAUAACUUGUACCAGAUUAUGUAAAAGCUUUGUAGAGCUUCCCUGCAGACCCAGAUCCCGUCACCUAACACAUGUGUGUGCUGUACUACACUGUACUGUAUGUGUCAGCCAGAUGUUAUUUGUAAGGCCCAUGUCAGGUGACUUAGACUGGUUCGCGAUGCUCUCACUUAAGUUGGGUCCUCCCUUUUUUUUUUAUAUGUAUUCCGGAAUAUUCAUAGUGUUUCUCUGUUGAUUUAAUCGCAGGGUGGGACAACAUCCAUCAAUCUAUGAAUCUGUGAAACAAUAAAUCUUUUAAGAUACCUUCAUCGUCACUUGUUUUGAUUCAUCAGUUGGAAGUUUCACCGUCUUUCUGCUACAUCAAGAUCAUCUGGUCACUUAAUGGGUAUAGCUCAGUGUUCAAGUCAGUUAGGGGGAAGACUUUGAGCAUUUAAUAGCUUGACUAUC